CAGAGUUGAACAAUGACCAUAGUUGACAAAGGUGCUGAAUCUUCAGACCCAUCAACCUGUCAGAAUCAGCCUGGCAGCUCUGAGGCAGUCUCACCUGGAGACAUGGAUGCAAGUUCUGCCAGCUGGGGUGCUGUGUCUCCAUUAAAUGAUGUUUCAAAUCACACCCUAUCUUUAGGACCAGUACCUGGUGCUGUAGUUUAUUCGAAUUCAUCUGUACCUGAUAAAUCAAAGCCAUCACCACAAAAGGAUCAAGCCUUAGGUGAUGGCAUUGCUCCGCCACAGAAAGUUCUUUUUCCAUCUGAGAAGAUUUAUCUUAAGUGGCAACAAACUCACAGAGUUGGAGCUGGGCUCCAGAAUUUGGGCAAUACCUGUUUUGCCAAUGCAGCAUUGCAGUGUUUAACUUACACACCGCCUCUCGCCAAUUAUAUGCUAUCACAUGAGCACUCCAAGACAUGUCAUGCAGAAGGCUUUUGUAUGAUGUGCACAAUGCAAGCGCAUAUUACCCAGGCACUCAGUAAUCCUGGGGAUGUUAUUAAACCGAUGUUUGUCAUCAAUGAGAUGCGUCGUAUAGCUAGGCACUUUCGUUUUGGAAACCAAGAAGAUGCCCACGAAUUUCUUCAAUAUACUGUUGAUGCUAUGCAAAAAGCAUGCUUGAAUGGCAGCAAUAAGUUAGACAGACACACCCAGGCCACCACUCUUGUUUGUCAAAUAUUUGGAGGAUACCUAAGAUCUAGAGUCAAAUGUUUAAAUUGCAAGGGUGUUUCAGAUACUUUCGACCCAUAUCUUGAUAUAACAUUGGAGAUAAAGGCUGCUCAGAGUGUUAACAAAGCAUUAGAGCAAUUUGUGAAGCCAGAACAACUUGACGGAGAAAACUCUUACAAGUGCAGCAAGUGUAAAAAGAUGGUUCCAGCUUCAAAGAGAUUCACCAUACAUAGAUCCUCUAAUGUUCUCACACUUUCUCUGAAACGUUUUGCAAAUUUUACUGGUGGAAAAAUUGCUAAGGAUGUGAAAUAUCCUGAGUAUCUUGAUAUUCGGCCAUAUAUGUCUCAACCAAACGGAGAGCCGAUUGUCUAUGUCUUGUAUGCUGUGCUGGUGCACACUGGUUUUAAUUGCCAUGCUGGCCAUUACUUCUGCUACAUAAAAGCUAGCAAUGGCCUCUGGUAUCAAAUGAAUGACUCCAUUGUAUCUACUAGUGAUAUUAGAUCAGUACUCAAUCAACAAGCUUAUGUGCUCUUUUAUAUCAGGUCCCAUGAUGUGAAAAAUGGAAGUGAACUUACUCAUUCCACCCACCCUAACCCUGGCCAGUCCUCUCCCCGCCCAGUAAUCAGUCAGCGGGUUGUCACCAACAAACAGGCUGCGUCAGGAUUUAUCGGACCACAGCUUCCCUCUCACAUGAUAAAGAAUCCACCUCUCUUAAAUGGGACCGGACCAUUGAAAGACACACCAAGCAGUUCCAUGUCGAGUCCUAAUGGAAAUUCCAAUGUCAACAGGGCUAGUCCUGUUAACGCUUCAACUUCUGUCCAAAACUGGUCAGUCAACAGGUCCUCGGUGAUUCCAGAACAUCCCAAGAAACAAAAAAUCACAAUCAGUAUUCACAACAAGUUGCCUGGUCGCCAAAGUCAGUCUCAGCCCAACCUUCAUAGCAGUUCGUUGGAGAACCCUCACAAGCCUGCUCCCUCUUCUACCAUCACCAAUUCUUCUGCAGUGCAGUCUACCUCGAAUGCAUCUACAACGUCCGUUUCUAGUAAAGUGACAAAAUCGAUUGCCCCCAGUGAGUCCUGUUCCAGGCCCGCGAUGAAUGGCAAGUCCAAGCUGAACUCAAGCGUGCUGGUCCCCUAUGGCGCUGAGUCAUCUGAAGAGUCUGAUGAGGAGUCAAAGGGCCUAGGCAAGGAGAACGGCGUUGGCACGAUUGCGAGCUCUCCCUCUUCCGUUCACGAAGCUGAGGACGACGAGGGCUCUCAGCAUGAGCUUCAAGAGCCUGUCACUCUAAAUGGUGCUAAUAGCAUGGACAGCGACCUGAAAGAAAACGGUCUGCCGUUUGAUGAUGCCGGUUGCCAAAUCCAGCCUGCUCUGCAUUCAGAAAACCCCUUUCCCAAGGUGAAUGGUCUUCCUGGAAAGUUGAUUCCUGCUCCUUUGCCGUCUCUCCCAGAAGACACAAUCUUAGAGACCUUCAAACUUAGCAGCAAAGUGAAAGGCUCAACGGAUGAAACAAGUGUCACUGGACCAGAGAGAAACCCUCCUGAGGCUCAGGACACCGAGCUCAAGGCUGCCAGCCCCGCCGCCGACCACCCUGAGGAGCUGGACGCUGUCACAAGCUUCAGUGGCAAGUUGAAGACGGCUCUGCUGCCCACCGACCCUAGUGUCAAUGCUACCAAAGAAGUUGCCUCUGAGAACACCGCAGUGACACCUGAUGAGCCUCUGCCCAGUGUCAGCAGCCUUUUCGACACCACCAAGAAUCCCGUGGUGGAUGAUCUGCUUCCUAAACCGUGUGACCCUGGGAGCCUAACAGUCGAUCAGAGCACACCAUCCCACGACAUGAAGGGGACCUUAGUGGAGGGUCCACAGAAGUCACUGUCCACGGAGGCCAUGGAGAAGUCAGACCCACCUCCCCCGGUGCAUUCUGAGGGGCCCUGCGAGCAUCAGCUCUCAGUUUACCUCAGUAGCAGGUGUGAGGACCCGGAAGGCCUUCCCCAAAACACAGGCGUGUCUGCAGACAGGCUGCCCUCUCCUCAGUUGGACAGGACCACAGGACAUCAUUCAGAAGGGGGCACCGAACCAAGUCACGGGGAGAGAGGUGAUGACAGGAAGGUGGGGCAAAAAGUCCAGGAUCUUUCUCCGGUUAAGGAGAAAAUCAGUAGCCUCAGAAAGGUUGACCUAGGACAUUACCGUAACAGAAGAGAUCGCUCCUCCAGUGGCGAACAUGCCAGGAAAAGGAAUAAGACUGAGGACCAUUACCACAAAAAGCGGCAUUCCUAUGUCCGAGCGCGGUCCAGGCAGGACCGCUACACCGCAGAGCACUGCAACGGGAGCCAGCACCACCCGUGUCAUGGUGAGAGAGUCAGCCCCAGUGAGCACCGCUCUCAGGGCAGGUACGGCCACCACCACUCUCGAAAUAGAAACGGAUCCGAGCAGGACUGGAGCCGAUACCACCAUUUGGAAGGCGAACACGCCUGGAGCCGGGAGAAGUACUACCCAGAUAAAGUGAGAUGGGAAAAAUGCAGGUACUACCAUGACAGGCACGCCCCUUACACAGCCAGGGAGGCCCGGGCGUGGAAACCUUUCCACCGCGGCCGUGAGUCUGACAGAGUUGGGCAGCACGGUGACCGGCCACAUAAGGACUACUCCAGAAACUGCAAGGGCUAUGAGGCCGCCAAGGAGAAGGAGCGGCACCAUCUUGGCAGUCCCCGAGCAGCCCCACCCCACACCCUCUCCCUGUACCCCGAGAAGUUCUCCCAUGACAAAAUUGCACUUGUAGCCGAGGACAACACUUGCAGCCUCUCUCAUCGGUUUCACGAACAUGAGAAUGUAAAGUCACGGAAAUGGCGAUUUGAUACUGUAGAAAGUAACGACAGUCACGUAGAAAACAAAGCCCAGAGAAGCUUACAAAAGGACCAUUUAGAGGAGCCUAGAGUGAAGAAGCACAAAAAAUCAAAGAAGAAAAAGAAAUCCAAAGACAAACGCCGAGAUCGUGACUCCAGGCAUCAGCUGGAUUCAGAUCUUUUAGCAGUGUGCUCUGAGGUUGACCUCCACAGACACAAAAAAAAGAAAAAGAAAAAAAAGAGACAUUCAAGAAAAUCAGAGGACUUUGUUAAGGAGUCAGAACUACACUUACCCAAGUCUGCUAGCUAUGAGACUGUUGCCUGUUUCCGGAGAACCGAGGGCGGUAUUCUUCACACCGAUGGCCUGCCUCUGGAAGGUGUUGGACCUUUCCAUGAGAAAACAAGACAUUUAAGGAUGGAGAACAGGGAUGACAGGUGUCAUCUCUUUGAGUAUGGCCAGGGUGAUUGAAACCCCGGCCUCAAAACAAAAACUCACUAGUUAUGAUUCAGCAACAGAAGCCAUCCCAAACCCAGCUUAAAUUAUAAAUAGAGAAAAUAACUUUGUUCAAAUCUGCGUGGUGCUUCUUUAGUAAAUACUGUACAGAUUUUACCAUGGAGAACUUUUUUUUUUUUUAGUUUUUACCUUUUCUUAAUUACCCUUAUUCCAAAUGGAUGAACACUUUCUACAACUGCUGACCAUUGUAAAAUACCGAUGUAUAUAAAUCACAUUGAAAAUAAUGCCCUGGAAUAGAACAUCUCAAAUGCUGCUUAAUUACAGACUCAGGUUGAUUACUUGUAUUUCAUGUAAUGUUCCUCCAAGAUAGACAUCUGGUGCAAGACCAACCGGGAAACCAUGGAAUUGUUAAAAGUACAAACUGACAGUGUAUAUUUAAUUUAAAGACUUAUUUAAAGAUUCACAAGCUCUUAACUAGACUUUCGAGAGCAGUCUGUUUUCGGUAAUGUCUGAUACUAGAAACUAAUUUGCUUAUUUUAGUUGUAUUCAAGAUUUGAAAAUGUAUUUUAUAGACAAGUUCUGUUUUUGAACUUUGUGGAACUGUUCCAAUCAAUUUCCCAGUUAUGAUGAGUAUUAACAUUAUGAAUGUAUAACCCAAACAUUAUUUGUAAAGCCUCCAGUAUGUUUUUAUUAUAUAACACUUUUUUAUACAGUGUCUCUUGUCUUACUAUGAUAUUGGAGUCUGAGUUGUCAGCUUGGUCCCUUAAAGUUUCUAGUUACAGACAAAAUCAUACUGUGAUUUUAUUUUUAAUAUGGAUAUGCUAUCAAACUGUGAUACACUUAUAAUUCACUGGUCCUGCAUCAGGAGAUGGAGUGGGGACAACUGUAUGUAAUACAGUUUGUAUCUGAAUAAUCUGUAUGGUUUAUACAGUUUGUGUUGUUCAGAGAUGUCUAAAGUUUGAUCUUUGUUUUUUUAAAGAUUAAAAAAGCACUUGCCCCACUGUAAAUAUACAGCAUGUAAAAUUUAUAUAGUAUAUAAAUGGCAGCAAAUUACA